GCCAUUUGCUCCUCUCCCAACUUCCGUGGUCGUGCUGCUGAAUCAGCCCCAAAAGGGAACCGCCUACAAACUCCUUGCCCACGGCCCGCCGGCUGGCACUGGCUUCCCCCGCCGCCCGCGACUGGAGCGCUGCGGGCACCCGGUCCGUCGAUGGCGUGCUGCUGCUUCCGCGCCGCCGCGGUGCCCCGCCUCCUCUUCCGCGCCGCCGCGCGGCCCCUCCAGUUGCCGCUCGCCGUCUCCCGAAGGGGUUUCUCGGGGCAGUCAGUCCUGCCAGUCACUGAUUCGAUCGAGAGUUUUCAAGGACCAUCAGUGGAUCAUGCCCCACGGAUUCCGUUAUAUGACGACAGCUUGCCCUCAGGUGUGUCGACCAUAUUAACGAGUCCUGGCGAGAAUGUCGCUCCUGCUGACCCUUCAAAGAGUAGAAUCAUGCUUGUUGAUGGAACCUCAGUGAUGUACAGAUCCUACUACAAGAUAUUAGCACAGCUGCAACAUGGUCAGUUGGAACAUGCUGAUGGCAAUGGGGAUUGGGUUUUAACUAUAUUCAAAGCUCUGUCACUGCUUCUUGACAUGUUGGAGUUCCUUCCCUCUCAUGUUGCGAUGGUGUUUGACCAUGAUGGAGUCCCAUAUGGUCGUUACACUGCCAUGCCAUCCAAAGAAUGUCACAUGGCAAAAGGAAUGACUUUUCGACAUAUGUUAUAUCCUGCUUAUAAGAGCAAUCGCACCUCAACACCAGACACCAUUGUUCAGGGCAUGCAAUACUUGAAGGCAUCUAUCAAAGCAAUGUCAAUUAAAGUAAUCGAGGUUCCAGGUGUUGAAGCUGAUGAUGCUAUUGGUACACUAGCUGUCAACAGUGUGUCUGCAGGCUACAAGGUCCGUGUUGUCUCUCCUGAUAAAGAUUUCUUCCAAAUUUUAUCACCUUCUCUACGUUUGCUGAGGAUUUCUCCACGUGGUUCUGGGAUGGUUUCAUUUGGAGUCGAAGAUUUUGUGAAGAGAUAUGGAGCAUUAAAGCCAUCACAGUUUGUUGAUGUUGUUGCACUUUCAGGCGACAAAGCUGAUAAUAUACCAGGAGUUGAAGGGAUUGGAGAUGUUAAUGCAGUAAAACUGAUAACUAAGUUUGGUUCGUUGGAGAACUUAUUGAGAUCAGUGGAUGAAGUCGAGGACCAGCGAAUCAAACAGGCUUUGAUCUCUCAAUCGGAACAGGCAUUACUCUGCAAAAGCCUGGCCAUAUUACGUUGUGACCUUCCAUCGUACAUGGUUCCUUUUAAGACCCCCGACCUCGUAUUCCAGAAGCCAAAGGAUGAUGGAGCCAAAUUCAUAAAUCUGUUGCGAGCUUUGGAAGCGUAUGCAGAAGGAUCGUCGGCAGACCAAAUCAUCAGAAGAGCUUUGUAUCUUUGGGACAAACUUGAGUCAUGAUGAUGCCAGAUUUUUUCAGUAGUGACUUACAAGAAUGUUCGCAUAAUUGCGCGGGAAGAUAGGUGACCAAAACAGCACGAUCGUCUAGCUCCUGCAUAGGGAGCACUCAGCCAUACCCAAGGAGAAAACGUCUUGUUGCUGGCUGCCGCAUUUUGCGUUUUGCUGAAGCACGCAAGGAAAAUUCGACGGUGGUUUCUUAGACAAAUUGUUCAUACACUAAUCAUAGGUGGUAGCUUGAGCUUUGUAGAUAAAGCACAGCAUGGGUAUUUUUUGUACUUGUAACUAAGGGUAGAGAGAUGCAAGGUGGCUUGAUUAGUUCGUCGAUCGAUCUUGUGCAAGUUUGGCCAUUUUUCUUUGUUCUCAA